AACUUCUAAUAGACCGUCUAAUAUUUUUUUCAGUCCAAAGAUAAACAUGGAAUCAGUACAGAUAUCAUCCGACAAUACCGCUACUGACAGGAUAAAUAGUGCUCUCGCCACACUCAGGAGUGAUAUGCUUGACAUCAGACAACAAGAUGUCCAGUUGAUGCAGCAGCUCAUGAGUAUCAACGACAACAUAAAGACGCUGACCAAACGACGGCCAAACUCUGGCAGACAACGCAAAACGAAAUACACGUUGCUCAACGGACGAAGAAAAUGCAUAAACCUGAAUGAAACGAUUCCAGAAGAAGAUUCAAUUUCUGCAGAUUCUGACAGUGACGGCAAUCUGUCGGGUAAUGAAAAUUAACUUAUUAACGUUACGUAACACGUUCUGACUCUGUUCUAUACAUUCGCCAAAGUCAGUGUAACAACAUAACAACGUUAUCUUCGCUGAACAAAGAGUUGAUUGUUUCAAAUAUGAACAUGUGUGUUUGGACAUUCUACGCAAA